UAUUCCUAAACUUGAUGGUUUAAAAGUUUGUUUUAGAUCCUGAUCAAAUGUUUCUGAUUUAUUCCUGUUUGAAUGUGGCAGAUGUUCUUCUCCAUUGUAUUUGCUGCUGUGGGUGUGGCGGGAGCCGUGUACAGUUUCAUUGUAUCGCUGGUCGGCUUGUCUUCUGGCCCUCUUUGCUUCACUGAUGAAGGGAAAUGGUAUAAGCCUUUUAAUAAUAGCGACCUGAGUUACGUGACUAACCAUGCCACAUGGACUCAGUGCAAAGAACCAAAAGAAGUUGUCCAGUUCAACAUAGGACUGUUCAUCAGUCUGGCGGUAGCCAGCGUUCUGCAGGCCCUGCUCUGUGCCGCUCAGGAGGUCAUCAACGGCCUCUUUGGCUGCAUCUGUGGAACCUGCAACAAACAGGUGCUGAAUGUUGUGUAACAUCUAAACUGCCUAGCUCACUUUACCCCAUUCUACUGUUUUGUUAUCAUGAGUUUUAUUUAACAGGAAGCAUGAUUGCAUGUGGAGUAGAGGUGUGAAAAGACACCCGCAUGCUGGAAAGUUUUAGUUGGUUUCAGUUUUCAUGUUUCUAACCAACACAGUGUAUUAUUAGAAUGCUCGAUAAAGAAUUUUUCUGUGCAAAUAGAAAAAAGAAAAUGGGCUCAAUGCAAAAUGAACUGUUUUAACAUGUGUAGUGAUUAGUUACUUUUAUUUUCCUGAUGAAAUAUUAGUUUUAAAGCUGAGGGAGAAGAUUGCGGAGUUUCUUUCUUUUACUGAGUUUGAGAUGAAACAUAGCUUUUGCUUUUAUUAGAAAUGCAUUAACAGUCACUGUAACAAAUGUAUUUUCAUUAUAUUACACUCUCAUUCAUUUUGUGAUAGCAAGGCUCUUUCGACAUAUUUAUUAACCAUUUUAUGCUAUUAAUUUAAAAAUAGCUUUCAGAAGACAAUGUUUUCAUUUUAGGCAACACGUUGAAUGAAUCAAACGUUUUAAAAUAGUAAAAUCAGUCAGAAGGCAACAAAAUAAGUUAAACAAAAAUAAGAGUAUUAAAAUCCAUGUGUUUUGGGGAUUUUGUUCUUUUAUAUUUUUUGGUUGAUAAGAUAAAACAAGAGCAAAAAUAAGGAAGAAGCAAAAUUGAAUAAAAAUUUUAAGCUGAAUAAAUGAAAAAUAAAAAGCUAUAAAAUCUAAACUUCAGGGUGGAAAAAAACAAUACAAUUGUAAAGAUAUAGGUAACAUUCUCGUAUAAGGUAAAUAAAGUUAUAAGUGAUAAAAUGUAAUACGGUAAAUAAACAAAAUCUUUAAAAGAAAUUCCCAUCUGCCAUAUUUUUGACCCUUAAUUCUAAGCAGAGGCCCGAUCCAUUUGGCUCUCCUGCUGCUGGUUCUCAACAGCAGCCCUAAUCAGGCUUUUAGCGCUUCUACUUGUUGUUUUAAAGACGUGUCCAAGUCAUUUAGAACAGAGGAAAGAGCUGCAGCGAACUCUGCUUCAGUCGCCAUGUUUAUGACAAACUCGGCGUUAUGGUGUGUGACGUACGCUACUCAGCGCUGAUUGGCUCGGUUAGAAUUCUCAGGGGUCGGAGUUAUUAGAAUAGGAGAGUUCCCAGACCCUUUCU